CAUCAUCAACUUCACCGAUCAAGUUCUCAAUCAAAGACAACAACAAUAGUCAGUCAAAUCAAACAUGUCACCUCAACCAGAAGAGGACUUGAACCCUCCCAUCUCACCGACUACAGAAAGAAAACAAGUUCGUAGAAGGAAGAAACUUCAUCCAAGGGAUCGAGCCGAUCAUAACGCGUCUCAUGAGCAAGGUGCUUCAAGCUUCAAUCCGAGCUCAUCACCUCAUUCUCCUGACGAUCAACCUACAUCUAUCCCACUUCCUUCAAACAUCUCAUUACCAAUCACUAUCGUUCAUCUCUUCGUUCCUCAUUCACUGUCUCAUUUAUCUCCGACCGAGGCUACAACAUCUACGAUCACUUUUUCGCAUAAAUCUCAAUCUAAUUCCGAAGUCUUGAAGACUACUCCACUCUUUAGCUAUCUGGAAGGAACUGUAGACCCGUCAAACUCUCUGGCGCGUUCGGAUUCAAAUUCUAGUCUGGGUACACCCUCAAAGGGCAAAAAUCGAGCUCUUGAGAGCAAUCCACGCGUCUCUGACUCUUUCGAUCAGGACUCAGGCCCUGCUCUAUCAAUCUACGAGAGCCCGGUAAAGGGAGAGCUGGUGAAAUGGUGUAUCACUGAAGGCAUGGUACUGGAGCCAGAGGCCGGAUGGCACACUAAACCUCUACUGUUGAUCAAGGAGCCGUGUACACAUGCAGUUCAAUGGCAAGGGCAAUGUGCUAUCUGUGGUCGUGAUCUGACGAUUUCGGAUUACACCGGGAUUUCAGAAACCUCAAGAGCUAGUAUUCCAAUGUCACAUGGACCUUCUACUUUAACCGUAUCUAUCUCCGAAGCUCGGAGGCUUGAAUCUGAAACACGAAGUCGUUUACUGAAGGAUACUAAACUAUCAUUGAUUGUCGAUCUCGAUCAAACCAUCGUUCAUGCCACUGUUGAUCCUACAGUAGGUGAAUGGAUACCUGGUUUGUCCGAGUUCUUACGCACUCUGGCUGAGAAAUAUGAAAUGCACGUAUAUACUAUGGGAACGAGGGCAUAUGCGGAUGCCGUUUGUCGUAUCAUUGAUCCCACAAGUGAACUGUUUGGCAGUAGGGUACUAAGUCGAGAUGAAAGUGGAAGUAUGACGCAAAAAUCUCUGACGAGACUUUUUCCUGUCGAUACCAGUAUGGUAGUCAUCAUCGAUGAUCGGGGUGAUGUCUGGGAAUACAGCCCUAAUCUAGUAUCGGUCGUACCAUACAACUUCUUUAUAGGAAUCGGUGACAUCAAUGGAGCUUUCUUGCCUCCAGCUCGUCAACUUCCGUCAUCAUCCCUAGACACCACUAGCACUGACUCGACCCAAGCCUCUAAGCCUGAUGCUAGUAUUGUAUCUACACCUCAGAUGACUCUUACAGAUCCUUCUGGGACAUCUGAUACAAUUCUCACCUCAAGCGAGACUGAAACACCUCGAUCUACAACUCCGACGUUUUCCUCUUCUGCUGAUGUCAAUUCAAUUCAAGUCUCUGAGACCUCUAUACCCACAACUAAGCCUGCGGUCACCGCUCCUACUCCGUCAGGAUCAGGAGCCAGCACAGAAGCUUCAGAUGCUCAAUCAAAGCUACUAGCUGAUCAAGUUUUAGGACGUCCUCUCAAGCAGAAACAAAUCGAUGUUUGGCCAAUGGAUGCGAUUCCAGACCAGCAAGACGCUUGGAAGCUUGCUGAACAGUUUGGUGCACAGUGUUAUACUAGACUCACGCCACGCGUCACUCAUCUUGUGGCUGCCAAGGCAAUCAAUAUAGCUCUAACCCGUCGAAAGGUUUCAGUUGUGAAACCUAAGUGGUUAUAUGAUGCAGUGACUUUAUGGCGACAUCCAAAUGAAGAAGAAUAUUUAUGGAAAAGACCAGAAGGAGAAGAAUGUGGACCAGAGUUAGAAAUUGAAGAUGAUAAUGAUGGAUGGGGAGCAGAAAUGAAAGAGUUCGAUUGGAAAGAUGCAGCAGAUGAAGUGAUGGCUGCAAUGGAAGAAUCAUCAGAAGAAGAUGAAGUGGUGAAAAGAGGUAGAAGAGAUGAAGAAGGAGAUUCACCACUUUCGAAACGACAAAGGUUAGCUAGAUCAAGGUCCUCGAAAUUAAGGGAGGUGGUGGUUGGAGUUGAAGAAGAAGAAGAUCAAGAUCAAGAUCAAGAUCAAGAGGAGAGGAGAGAGGACAGGGAAGGUGGAUCGAUUGAAUUAAGCCCGGAAGAAGAUGAUUUUCUGUCUGCUCUUGCGGCUGAAGUUGAAGGGGAGAUGGAUGAUCUAGGCGAUUUGACAUGAUCAAGAAUCAAAUGAACAAAGAUCAAGCAAUCAUCCAACCAUCAGUAACUUGGAUGAAUAAAAUUGGAAUGUUCUAUAUGUGGGAGUUUGUCUUUUUUCAUUGAAGGUUUUGUUUUUUGAGAGUGUGAGGAAGGUGACAAAUAAUUGUCGAUUUUACCUUUUGAAGUGGAUGGUUGGAAUAUUUUGAAUUUUGAUUGAAAUUGUAAUGAAUGUAUGCUUGCUUUGAUUAGGAUCUAUGAACCUUGGAUUUUUUUGACGAGUUGAAGAUCUGAAUACAGAGAAGAAAAAGAUGAAUGAUUUGGCUUCUUUGUUGAUUCUUGAACUUUUGACAUGAAACUUUACGUCUCUGAGGAUUAAGAUUGUUUUGGUCUUUUUCAGCAAUUUAUAUUUUCUUGACUUUGACUCCAUUCUAAUUGUUAUCUUUUUCAUCCUCACAUUUCUUUCUUUCAUCAUCUCUGUUGUUUACCAAAUGUCAAUCGACUUCAAGCUCAUGUCCACAAUCAUCAUUAUCUUCAGUUGGAAUACAAUUAUCACACUUGGAG